AAGGUGGGUUGUAGAUGCUAUUAUAGAAAUUUUAAUAUACGCACAUUGACAUUAGAUAAUUGUUUUUCUGUUUUUUCUUCCAUUUCUUCUGCCAAGACAAAACUAGUCAAAGCCACGAACUUGGCAAAGACUUGAAAAAGUUGAAAUUUCUCAGAGGGAAGAGAGAUUUGUUUAGCUUACAAACUUGGAACUAAAAAGCUUCAACUUUCUAAACCGAAUCUACCACGAAGCUCCCAAUUUUAAGGCCGGUGUUACUGUUGGAUUUUCAAUCAGAUUGUGGGGCUUUAAGCAGUUUAUGUGAGCUUUGUUUGAGUUUGUUGUGGUUUUGAUUAUGGCAAUGGGGGAUUAUGAAUCUACGGCUACAUCAUUAGAAGGAGAGGAAAAUUUAAUUGCUGCGGCGGAGCAUAUAGUGAAAGCGUUGGGUUCUAAUAAGAACUUUACAAAAGAUGUCAAGAAAAUAUUGGCAGAUCUUGGUAGCCAGUUAUCUACAAUGGCUACAAUUGAGGAUAACAUGGUUGAGGGUAAGAAAAGUGGGAUUGAAGAGCAGUUGAGUGUUGUUGAGGAGAAGAUUAUGAGUUGGGAAUCAGAUGAUUCUAUGAUAUGGGAUUCGGGUCUGGAUGAAGUUGCCGAAUAUCUGAAUGCUGUUGACGGAGCUCGGAAGUUGACGGAGAGAUUGGAGAAUCAGUGCUUGAGUAGCCAAGAAGAGAAAGAUUUGUUAUGCAGGGCUCAUGAUGUUCUUCAGAUGGCAAUGCAGAGGCUUGAGGAUGAGUUCAAACAUGUACUUGUUCACCAUAGGCAACCCUUUGAGCCAGAGCCCAUUUCGUUCCGUUCGAGUGAGGAUGAUGCUGUUGAAGAGGGCUCGAUAGUUUCUUUUGGUGAUGAGUCUGUUGAGGAGUCUACCCUCAGAGAUAGCAUCAGUAGGAACUCAGAGGAGUUUAUCGUUGAUUUGGUUCAUCCAGAUGUGAUUUCUGAUCUCAAAUGCAUUGCCAAUUUGAUGUUCAGUUCGAAUUAUGACCACGAAUGUCGCCAGGCAUAUAUCCUUGUUCGAAAGGAUGCGUUGGAGGAGUGUCUCUUCAACCUUGAAAUCGAGAAAUUGAGCAUCGAAGACGUGCUCAAGAUGGAGUGGGGAACCUUGAAUUCCAAAAUCAAGAGAUGGGUUAGAGCUAUGAAGGUCUUUGUUCGGCCCUAUCUUGUGAGCGAGAAGUGGCUCUGUGACCAGACUUUUGCAGAGCUUGGAUCAUCCAAUUUGGUAUGUUUUGUUGAGGCAGCAAAGGCUCCAAUGCUACAGCUUCUGAACUUUGCCGAGGCCAUCUCAAUUGGCUCUCAUCAACCAGAAAGGCUAGUUCGAAUUCUAGACAUGUAUGAGGUGCUUGCAGAUCUUCUUCUGGACAUUAAUGCAUUGUUUUCGGAUGAGGUUGGUUCUUCUAUAAGAAUCGAGUAUCAAGAGGUUUUGAAGAGAUUGGCUGAUACUGUAAGGGUUACGUUUCUUGAAUUUGAGAAUGCCAUUGCGACAAAUGCGUCAAUAAGCCCUUUUGCAGGAGGGGGAGUUCACCAUUUGACCAAAUACGUUAUGAAUUACAUCCGGCUUCUUGCAGAUUAUAAUGAGACCCUAAAUUUACUCCUCAAGAACCAUGAUGGAGCCGCUGCUACCUCACUCUCCCCCGAUACGAGUCCAGCUACAGGGGAGGAAAGCAUAACUAAAGAUUUCUCUGACAGUUGUUCUCCAAUGGCACUCCAUCUCCAGUCACUCACUUCUGUUCUAGAAGCCAACCUAGACGAGAAAUCAAAAUUAUAUAGGGAUGCUUCCUUGCAACACUUCUUUUUGAUGAACAAUAUAUAUUACAUGGCUCAAAAGGUUAAGAAUUCCGAACUUAGGCUUAUAUUCGAAGAUAAGUGGAUUCGAAAACACAACUGGAAAUUCCAACAACAUGCGAUGAGCUAUGAGAGAGCUACUUGGAGUUCAAUUCUCUCUUUACUGAAGGACGACAGCAAUUCCAGCUCUGGUUCUACCUCAAGGACAGUUCUCAGGGAGAGAUUGCGGAGUUUUUAUGUUGCUUUCGACGAGGUCUAUAAAACGCAGACGGCAUGGAUCAUCACAGAUGUUCAGCUCCGGGAAGAUUUACGAAUUUCAACGUCCCUGAAAGUAAUCCAAGCUUAUCGAACAUUCGUGGGAAGACAAAUGCAGCACAUCGGCGAGAAACACAUUAGGUACAAUGCUGAAGAGCUACAGGAUUACUUGUUAGACUUGUUUGAGGGAUCCCAAAAAUCAUUGCAUAAUCCCAAUAGGAGAUGAUUCUAUGAUAUAAUAAAGUAGAUAAAUACAGGUUUUGUAUUUUCUUUUUCAGUUUGAUCAAAUAAACAGGUGGAUUAAAGCAAUUCUGUAUGUCCUGGCUAGGUUUCCGAUCGAAAAGAAACCGAUUGUAAUCCCAUUCUUGUAACUAGAUUUAGAUCAAUGUCAAUUUGGCUUGGGUUUGCACAUUGUGCUGCUCAUUAAUUUUUA